AUGUCCUCAAGCACAAUCCCUCGCUCCGCUCUGCGCGCUCUUUCGCGCACUGCGCCUUUGCGAAGCCCAGCGCCACGCAUUGCCACAAGAUGCAUGCAUCAACGAUCAUCGCCCAUCACAACCUCACAGCUUCAACACAGACCAACAGCGCAACAAUGGAAACGGAAAGUAGCUACGCCUUCUGCGGUCGUUGCACGUCGAACAAUGUUCAUCCAAACCGAGCCAACGCCAAACGCUGAUGCAUUGAAAUUCAAUCCCAACCAGCGAGUUCUCCCCGAAACGAUAUCGUCGCCUUUCUUAGAAUACUUAAACCCGCGCUCGACCCUCGCACCACCGCAUCCUUCCCCACUCGCGGCCCAACUACUCAACAUUGACGGCGUAACGAGCGUCUUCUUUGGCGCAGAUUACAUCACCGUAACAAAGGACUCGGCAACGCCAUGGAGCCACAUCAAGCCCGAGGUAUUCGCCAUAAUCACUGAAUUCAUGACAUCUGGAUCACCAAUUGUCAACACCGUGGCUGCGAAAGCCGGAGAGCAAGGUCAAGGCGGCCAAGAAGCCGACAGUCUGGCCUACGAUGAGAAUGAUGACGAAGUAGUUGGUAUGAUCAAGGAGCUGCUUGAGACGCGCGUCCGCCCAGCGAUCCAAGAAGAUGGUGGCGACAUUGAAUUCCGGGGCUUCAACGACGGCCAAGUUCUCCUGAAGCUGCGCGGUGCGUGCCGGACUUGCGAUUCGAGUACAGUAACACUCAAGAACGGAAUCGAGAGUAUGUUGAUGCAUUACAUUGAAGAAGUCAAGGGGGUGCAGCAGGUUCUGGAUCAGGAGGAAGAGAUUGCGAUGAAAGAGUUUGCCAAGUUUGAGGAGAAGUUGAAGCAGCAAAAGGGCGAGAAUGCAGUCAAGGGCACGGUUGGCAAGGGUAGUUUGGAUUAUGUCGAGUGA